UCCAGCUACCCCAGGCCUCCCAGCCGGAUCCUCAGGGAGCUCCCGAUCAUCCUCCUCAGAAUGAAAAGAUAGAGGGGAAGCUGCAGAUCCUCCCCAGGAUGCCUUCAGUCCUCCCUCCUCUCCACCUGCCCCUUCUCAGGGGACAUUGCCCCCCUGGAGCACAUCCACCUGGCCAUGGCCAUUGCCAUGACAAGAACCCACCUGGUCCUGGGGGGCCCCACCAUUGUCCUGGAAGGCACCCAACCAGUCCUGGAGGACCCCACCAUUGUUCUGGAGGGCACCCAACCAGUCCUGGAGGACCCCACCAUUGUUCUGGAGGGCACCCAACCAGUCCUGGAGGACCCCACCAUUGUUCUGGAGGGCACCCAACCAGUCCUGGAGGACCCUACCAUUGUCCUGGAGGGAAUCCACCCAGUCCUGGCGGACCCCACCAUUGUCCUGGAGGGAACCCACCCAGUCCUGGAGGACCCCACCAUUGUCCUGGAGGGAACCCGCCCAGUCCUGGAGGACCCCACCAUUGUCCUGGAGGGCACCCAACCAGUCCUGGAGGAGCCCACCAUUGUUCUGGAGGGCACCCAACCAGUCCUGGAGGACCCUACCAUUGUCCUGGAGGGAAUCCACCCAGUCCUGGAGGACCCCACCAUUGUCCUGGAGGGAACCCACCCAGUCCUGGAGGACCCCACCAUUGUCCUGGAGAGAACCCACCCAGUCCUGGAGUACCCCACCAUUGUCCUGGAGGGAACCCACCCAGUCCUGGAGGACCCCACUAUUGUCCUGGAGAGAACCCACCCGGUCCUGGAGGACCCCACCAUUAUCCUGGAGGGCACCCACCCGGUCCUGGAGGACCCUACAAUUGUCCUGGAGGACACCCAACCAGUCCUGGAGGACUCUGCCAUUGUCCUGGAGGGCACCCACCUAGUCCUAAAGGACCCCACCAUUGUUCUGGAGGGCACCCACCCAGUCCUAAAGGACCCCACCAUUGUCCUGGAGGGCACCCACCCAGUCCUAAAGGACCCCACCAUUGUCCUGGAGGGAACCCACCUGGUCCUGGAGGACCCCAUAAUUGUCCUGGAGGGCACCACCCACCUGGGCACCCUCCUGGCCCACAUCACUAAGGAAACAGUGCAAAACGAUAGGGAGGCCAAGGAGCUACUUUGACCAGCCUGGCACAGAACAUAUCACUCAUCUGUUCCACUUAAUAAACAGUCUCUGGGAGGUAAAAGCAUGUGAUAAUAUCAAAAGAAGUCUUCUUUCUCCACCAUGCCCAACCUUGCAAUAUUCUUCUUGGGCCUGAAAGUCUCUCUGUCUCCCUAUUGCUCUUGAAAAAUGUACCAGGAGAAACUGAGUACCUGCCCCUGAACUAAUCCCCACUGUUUUCAGAAGUCAUUCAAAUAGAUUUCUUGCCGAAAAAAAAUUGUUUGUGUUAUAUCUUAAAAUACAAUGCAGUCUCAUUUGAUCACUAA